ACCCCGCGCGACCGGCGGAAGGAGGGAGGGGGCCUCGCUCGGCGCCCCGGCCGGGCCACAGGGCCUCACGGCCACAUCACCGCCGCCUGCCGCGAGCCCUGAGCGAGGGGCGGACAGGGCAGCUCCGGGAAGGGAAUGUUCCAGGGAUGGAAGUGCUUGAAUGCAGUGCUGCUGGCUGAGAUGGGACUGAGCACCCGCAUUGGCGUUCUUAUAAAUGACCUGCCUGGCUCCCACCAUGAGCACUGAGCUCAACGUGCCUGUGGACCCCUCCACUCCUGCCUGCUCUGAGCCUGGCCACAAGGGCAUGGAUUACCGUGACUGGGUCCGCCGCAGCUACCUAGAACUGGUCACCUCCAAUCACCACUCGGUGCAGGCCCUGUCCUGGAGGAAGCUCUACCUGAGCAGGGCCAAACUGAAGGCCUCCAGCAGGACCUCAGCCCUCCUCUCUGGUUUUGCCAUGGUAGCCAUGGUGGAGGUGCAGCUGGAGACGCAGUACCAGUACCCGCGGCCGCUGCUCAUUGCCUUCAGCGCCUGCACCACGAUACUGGUGGCCGUGCACCUGUUUGCUCUGCUCAUCAGCACAUGCAUCCUGCCAAACGUGGAGGCUGUGAGCAACAUCCACAACCUCAACUCCAUUAGUGAGUCACCACAUGAGCGUAUGCACCCCUACAUUGAGCUGGCCUGGGGCUUCUCCACCGUGCUGGGCAUCCUGCUCUUCUUGGCUGAGGUGGUUCUGCUCUGCUGGAUCAAGUUUCUCCCUGUGGAUGCCAGGCGCCAGCCCGGCCCCGGCAGCCACACAGGCUGGCAGGCUGCCCUCGUGUCCACCAUUAUUAUGGUGCCUGUGGGCCUCAUCUUUGUGGUCUUCACCAUCCACUUCUACCGCUCGCUGGUGCGCCACAAGACAGAGCGCCACAACCGUGAGAUCGAGGAGCUGCACAAGCUCAAGGUGCAGCUAGAUGGGCAUGAGCGUAGCCUACAGGUCGUCUGAGGGCCUGGGGGCUGGUGGUGGGCCUGUGCCUGGGAGUCAGGAGCAAAUUGCUUGCAUUUGGGGAGACUCAAAAAUGCAGACUGUACCCCAGACUGCUUACAUACUGCCAGAUAGUUCAAGACCAAAGUUGUACUCCUGUCUUAAUGUAAUAAUCCGGAUGAUUUUCCUGAGAAGGUGGAACAUCUGGUAGUUAAACAAGAGGCUCUUCCAGGCUGCCAGGGGCACGUCUGAUGGUGAUAAGGCAGGGACUGUGGCGAUCACCUGGGAGCAGGAAGGCAGAUUGGUGCUUCCCUUCCCAGCCCUGGGGGAAGUUGGGUGGCCUGGCUUGGUGAGGGGUAGGCAGGAGCUUAGGGCACAAGUCAGUACAGCAGGUGAGGUGGGUGCUGCAGCUGAUGUCAAAGUUGCCAGUCCUUGUGGGAGACUUCCAAGGGUGAGGCCUAGCCAAGGCUAAGGAGGUACAUCCAUGAGCGGUGCAAGGUGCCCACUGAGGAGGCCGAGUUAAUUGAAGUUACUAGGUUCAAAUUCUCUUCCCAGCCAGCAUGGCGUCCAAGACACAUUGAUGCAGUGGGGCCACCAAGCUGGGAAAGGACUCAAUCUCAAACCAUAGAAUGACCUCUUAGCCUGAGUCAAUACCCUCUGGGCUCUGUCAGCAGCAGGCCUGGGGCCUAGCAGCUGAUCCUUCCCAGCUUGUUGCUGCUUGUGGCCCAAGGAGGCAGGAGGGACAGCUUGGAGGGAACUUCUUGUCUAGACAGGCCAUUGGCUUGGUCUGGUCUGUGGGUAGGUGGGUCUAGGAGUCAGCACAGGCCAAGUGUAGGCCCUGUUUGUUAGGACACCAAGAAACUGCAGGGGUGGGAAGGUCAGAUCCCACGUGUACUCCCUUGCUGGGCCCUCCAGGCCUCUGCCAACACAGGGUCCCUACUUUACACAGUGACUUAGCACAGUGUGGUUGCAGUGUUUUCACUGAAGGGAUUUGCUAGACCUUCCCCCAUGUUCUUGGACCCCACAUACCCCACAACACUCUGAGCUGUUAUACAUUAUGUUGACCCCACUCCCCGCCAGCAACCUAGAGAAGCACAUUUUUGUUCUUAUGGUCUUUGGGCUAUGUUGUGCUCUGAUUACAUUUCUUUUAACAGUUCAGAAUCACUGCAGGGUCUGGGUUGUCUGUGCUAUGGAAUUCCAGAUAGCCUGUGUGAGGUCUUUGGGACAUGAAAUGCUGUUGAGAACACAGAUGUUAACAUGCAGCUCAGAGAUGUUAAGGGGCCUCAGGGAGCUGUGCUGAGGAGUCCCACUGUAAGUUUUUAGCACCUAUGGGGAGCCUGGACAUUGUGCCCUGCGGGGCCAGAGAAGACCCCUCCAUCUUCCCAAGGAUGGGUCCUUUAUGUCCCCUACAGACAUUUGUCUGUGACAUACUUGCCUUCUAGUGCAUGUCUGUACUUCCACAGAGCCUUGUUGAAAAGGCUCUUCUGAUUUAAUGUGUUUGCUUUCCUAAUAAACAGUAUCACUCCUGCCUUGUGUCCUGGCAGGGCCAAGAUGGGCUGGCUCUUCUGAAAGGGUGGCUCUCCAAGGCUGGAAGGGCAACAGGCCCUUAUUUGGCCUGAGUCUUUUAAGAGGGCCAUGCUGGGCCCUCUCCUGCUGCCCACUUUUCUGGGCCAGUUGGUGCCCCUUCUCCCAGAGCACCACACAUGGACUGUGGAAAGUGCACCUGCAGAACUGUUGGCCUGGUGUGGGCUAAUAGCAUCAGGGCCCACAUUAGGUGCCCAGUGAUAGUGCCACAUGGUAGAGACAGGACCACAUACAUGUCUAGUGCUCUGAUCAGGAGAAAGUAGUCUUAGUUUCUUGUUCUCUGGUUUCAUCCAGAGAAUGCUCUCCCAGCUCCAGCCUCCAGUUCUGAGGCAUGAGGCCAACAAUUUCUAUGGGAGCUGACCAUGGACAUGGGCAUGCUCACUAGGAGGGGAGACGUUAGCGUUGCCCCAGAGCUUCUGGGGAGAAAAGGGGUGAAGCUACUCUUGGGAGCUGCAGAAACAAAUCCACACAGGCAGCUCAGAUGGGACAGCCAUUUGUAAAUUAGAAAUUUGGUUCUUGGAAGGUUAGCCUGAUUUUGUAAGUAUUAUAACUAUGACCUCUGCCUGGAGAGAGGUUCCACAGGCUGCCCUGGGGUCAUUAUGAGCUUGCCCUCAUUUCAGGUAGAGCCUUCCUGGUGCUCAUAAAACAAGCACCCUCAGACACGCUGAGGCCCUUUCCACUGUGGAACACACACUCAUCUAGUACCUGUCCACAAGUCUCAAAAAGCAAGUGUUUCUGUUUCAGAGACUUAGAAGGCAGAAUAUGUCUUCACAUCUUCUGGGAAGGUCUGUUGAGGACAAAACCACAGGAGCUUGAGUGAGUCAGGGGUCACCUGCAGCUGUUACCUAUCUUGUGCUGAUCAUUUAUGCAUGACAUUAUGCAGAUCUUGUGUGGAUUUUUAAAACAGUUGCCCUGGAUUGAACUGAAUAAACUAGUAAAGCUGUUCAAAGCUCCUUUUGUUCUU